AUGGCAGUCCGUAAACCCAAGAAGAAUUUGUCAUUAUCCAAGUCAACAAAGACCAGGGACGAGAACUUCCCAUCGGCUAAAUGGAGCGUUAUCAAAAGAGAGCUCUCGAGCACUAAAUAUCGCUUGCAUUCGAAGAAGGAGCUUCAUGCGUCCAUCCAAACAAGCAGUUCCCCCCAGCUUCAAGCUCUGAGAGAAGCACUCGAUUGUCCAGGCUGCGAAUAUGCCGACAAAGUCUCCAAAUAUAUGAUGACGAUUGAUGAGACAGUGUUAAAGACAUACGAUACAUCCAGCUAUCCAUACCAUUUCAUCAACAAAGUUAUGCGGAACAAGGAUAUCUGUGUCUGCCCUUUGAGUACCGAACCGCCAUCCGAAGAAAUCCCAACUUUCUGGGAGGAGAUCUCAUCCUCCUUACGAAAACGCUACUACAAGCAACUCGGUAUAAUUAUUGGCAAAUACAAGAAGAAGGGCUCUCAGCUCAAUGAAACCGAAACUGGUCACCUCGACAAAGGUGAAGUCGUCCGCCUCGCACACUAUCAAUUAGACUACCAUAUUCAACAACACUAUCUCCGCCACCGAAGCUGCUUAACCCUAUGCCGUGAUGAAGAUGACCUCGGACAAAUGCAAAGCUUCCAGUUGAAAAUAGCAGCAGCUAACGGAGACUGGGAACAGGAGUUGAAACCAAGUGGCCAGAUCUGGCGAGAUGGAUGGCUCAAUGACUACAACCGAGGCUUUGAGCAGCAGACAACAUUUUGGGAAGAACGAGGUCAUGAGAGGGAAAAGCAAAUAGAAACUGCAAGAGCACGAUGGGCUUAUAUACAAAAGUUGAGGGGGAUGCAGAUUCGCCAAAUGAUUAAAGCUGAUGCGGAUAUACAGACUUUUCGGUUUUAUUUGGGCCCUCAACUUCUGCGCACUAUUGACGUUGCCAAAGACACCCCGCAAGUUCAAGAGGAUUUGCAGAUCCAGGCUAGAUGCUACGCUAACAUGAUGGGUGAUUCUUAUAGUUCCUCGGGAAGUUAG